CAUUAGUGUUAUUUGUUUGUUGUGUACAUUUUGAGGUUAUGUGCAAAUAUUUUAAUUUUCUCUUAAAUUAUUAAUGUUUAUUACUAAAUCACUUAUUGAGCCAAAUCAACUUUUAAGCCUUAAAAAUGGAUGUGGGAGAACUACUGGCUUUUAAGCCGGUCCCUACUCCUAAAAGACCUAAUGAUGACGACAGCGAUGAUUCUGAUCAGGAGUCUGCCAGAGCAUACAAAAUGCGGAAGAUGGCGAAGACAAAAGUUGACCAAAUAAUAAAACCAAGCAGUACAGUAUUGCCCAAAGAACCUACUAUAACGGACAAGGAAAGAGAAGAAAUACUCAGAUUUGUUGAAACUGAAGCCACUGAAGGUGAAGUGCUAGAUGAAACAGCUGUAAAGAAGAUGGUCCUGAACUUUGAGAAGAAGGCUCUGAAGAACCGGGAGAUGCGGAUCAAGUUCCCUGACCAGCCCGAGAAGUUCAUGGAAAGUGAAAUUGACUUGAGUGAAGUAUUACAGGAGCUGAGUGCAGUGGCGACGGUCCCGGACCAGUACCCGCUGCUCGUGGAGCUCAAGUGCAUCAACUCACUGCUGGAGCUUCUGUCUCACGACAACACCGACAUCUCCACGCAGGUUGUGCAUCUGCUGCAGGAGCUUACAGACGUGGACAUCCUGAACGAGAGUGAGGAGGGUGCCGAAGAGCUAGUGGCUGCGCUGGCCGAGGCCUCCGCGCCGUCCCUACUGCUACACAACCUGGCGAGAUUAGACGAGCAGGUGCCGGCGGAGCGGGACGCCGUGCACGACACGCUCGGAAUCAUAGAAAACAUAACAGAGUUCAGGCCUGAACUGUGUUUAGAAGUGGCAAAGCAAGGGUUUCUACAGUGGAUCCUGAAAAGACUGAAGUUCAAACUGGCAUUCGACGCGAACAAGCUGUACGCGACGGAGAUCCUGUCGAUCCUGGUGCAGAACCACCCCGACAACCGGCGCCUGCUGGGCGAGCUGGACGGCAUCGACGUGCUGCUGCAGCAGCUGGCGUUCUACAAGCGUCACGACCCGGCGAGCGCGGAAGAACAAGAGGCGAUGGAGAACAUGUUCGACUCGCUGUGCUGCGCGCUCAUGGAGCCCGCCAACCGCGACCGCUUCCUGCGCGGCGAGGGGCUGCAGCUCAUGAACCUCAUGCUGAGAGAGAAGAAAAUGUCUCGCAACGGGUCGCUAAAAGUCCUGGACCACGCGCUGGCGGGCCCGGACGGGCGCGACAACUGCAACAAGUUUGUGGACAUCCUGGGGCUGCGGACCGUCUUCCCGCUGUUCAUGAAGACGCCCAAGAGGAAGAGGAUACUUACGGUUGAUCAGCAUGAAGAGCACGUGGUAUCAAUAAUCUCGUCGAUGCUGCGCAACUGCCAGGGCAGCCAGCGGCAGCGCCUCCUCGCCAAGUUCACGGAGAACGACCUGGAGAAGGUGGACCGCCUGCUCGAGCUGCACUUCAAGUACAUGGACAAGGUCGACCGCGCCGAGAAGGAGAUGGAGCAAGAAGCGGAGGACCUGGACGACGACGCGCAGUACCUGAAGCGACUGUCCGGGGGGCUCUUCACAUUGCAACUCAUUGAUAGGAUCAUAUUGGAGGUGUGCACGGCGGGCCCGCCCACGGUGAAGCAGCGCGUGCAGCGAGUGCUGUCCCUGCGCGGCGGCUCGCUCAAGAUCAUCCGACACGUCAUGAGAGAGUACGCGGGCAACCUGGGCGACGCGGGCAGCGAGGAGUGGCGCGCGCAGGAGCAGCAGCACAUCCUGCAGCUCGUCGACAAGUUCUAGAACACCCUGUAUGUGCACCGAGUACAACAAUAAGCUAAUAUAAUAAUUAUUAUACAACAA